UCAAGCGCAAUCGCAAUAAGUUUGGCGUCGUGCAAUGGAGAACGAAAAAAUGACCAAGGAACAGUUUUUCGAUAUAGAAGGUUUGUUACAAAAUCUAAGAGAUCAAAAUGGGAACAGAACGAAAGCGAAUGAAGCAUGCUUAUCGACAUUGGGCCAGAAAGUAAAUGGCUCUGAGCUAGGACGUACGCCACCCGCAAACAGUGUCACCUCAACCUCUCGAGAACUGGUUAGAUACCAUUCUGUGGUGGACCUGGAGGAGUUAGAAGAUGACUACGGAAGCUGCAAAGGCUCAACGGAGAAUGUUAACCAUCAGUUGACUAAAUUUGUAGAAUCCGAAAAAUUCAAACCGGAUUCUGUCGUCGCUCAGUCGGCAGACAAACCUUCUAAUCAGGGAUUCCCAGGACCGACCCAAACUCCUGGAUUACUUCCUCGUCACGAAGCACAUAAUGCGGAACUUUCGAAUUUUGUCCAGAAAAAAUCGAUCGCUCAGGGUAUGAUGGAUCUGGCCUUGGUAUCUGCCAACACUAAUCAACUACGCUAUGUGAUGGAUAUCGGUGAUCGACAUCCAUAUUUUUACACCAGCAUGGCUCUCAUCAUCACUAGCCUGGUGAUGCAGCUAGUCGUGGGCUUGGCACUUAUUUAUAACAGCAGGUUCAACAUCCGAAAACGACUAGAGAUGCGAUCAGCCGAUCGCAUCAAUGACUUAUCGGUAAUUGGUGUGUUUUUGAUCACGCUAGUCAACGUGUUUAUCUCAACAUUCAACGGAGCCAGCUCAGCACCAUUUUCCGGCGAAGUGUUUCCAAUGUCAACUAAUGUGACGACCACGUCGUCACCGGAUGUCGGAAGUGAUCACACUGAAACCAUUUCCAGUGUAUACGGUGAUGGAAUAUGAACAUAGUUCUCAAGUCUUCCGCAUAUGUCAAAAGUACCGAGAUGUACCAACCGAAUUGUAUGCAAAACGUACCAGAUAGAUGGUUCGUUGUUUG